GUGAACCCCAAAACUCACAAUCUCACGUGUAUGCCAAUAAUCCAAUUUGGCCAAGGUUUGCAUAUUCACCCUGUUGUAGGCCAUAUAUUCCCUCUUCUUCUUCUUCUUUCUUUUCUUGUUUUUUCCCUCUUGUUAAAACGUUUAGAAAUAUUCUUUCGUUCAAAACAGAGGGGAGAGCGAGAGAUAACUACUAUCAGAAUGAAAAGCAAAGGCAUGACCACCCUCAAGCUCUCAAGAACAACACACCACUCCUUCUAUUCAUCUUCAGCCUGGUACAAGUAUACUCCUCCACCAUCACCUCACCAAGAAGACCCUGUACUCUCAGCAAUCUCUAAAGCCAUUCUCAACUCCAAAACCAAACCACUCCACCACUCCUCUCUCAGAAACCUCCUCACUUCUCUCACACCCCAACAUGUUAUCAACCUCAUCAACCACAACCCCUACUCUCUCCCUCCACACUCUCUCCUCUCCUUCUUCCAAUGCCUCUCUUCUCACCCCACUUUCCGCCACACCCUCCAUUCCUAUUGCACCAUGGCCCACUUCCUCUGCUCCCACAACAUGUUUCCUCAAGCUCAGUCACUCCUCCACUUCCUUGUCUCUCGGAAAGGCAAGGACUCGGCUUGCUCUGUUUUUGCUUCCCUCGUCGAAACCAAAGGUACCCAUUACUCCAAUUCUGUGUUUGAUGCUUUGAUGAUUGCGUAUACGGAUAAUGGUUUUGUUUCUGAUGCUAUUCAGUGCUUUAGAUUGGUUAGGAAGCAUAAUUUUCGAGUCCCAUUUCGAGGGUGUGGGUCUUUGCUUGAUAAGAUGAUGAAGUCGAAGACAGCCUCAUCGGCUUGUGCGUUUUAUAUGGAGGUUUUGGAUUGUGGGUAUCCACCAAAUGUGUGUAACUUCAAUGUUUUGAUGCAUAAAUUGUGUAAAGAGGGUAAAAUUAGGGAAGCCCAGCUUGUGUUUGAGGAAAUUCCGAAGUGGGGUUUGCGUCCCACGGUUGUUAGUUUCAAUACUUUGAUUAAUGGGUAUUGUAAGUGUGGGGAUUUAAAGGAGGGGUUUAGGUUGAAAAGGGUUAUGGAGGAGAGUAAAAUGCAUCCUGAUGUUUUUACUUACAGUGUUUUGAUUCACGGGUUGUGUAAGGAGGGUAGCUUGGAUGAUGCGAAUAGGUUGUUUGAUGAAAUGUGUGAGAGGGGGUUGGUUCCAAAUGAUGUUACUUUCACGACAUUGAUUGAUGGGCAAUGUAAGAAUGGGAGAAUUGAUCUGGCCAUGGAAAUUUAUCAGCAAAUGUUGGGGAAAGGUGUGAAACCUGAUUUGAUUACAUAUAAUACACUCAUCAAUGGACAUUUCAAGAUUGGAGAUUUGAAAGAAGUGAGGAACCUUGUUGAUGAGAUGAGUGCGAGGGGAUUGAAGCCUGACAUGAUCACAUACACUAUUCUUAUUGAUGGGAAUUGCAAGGAAGGAGAUUUAGAGUCAGCCUUAAAGAUUAGGAAGAGAAUGAGUGAUGAAGGGAUUGAACUUGAUAAUGUGGCUUUCACAGCUCUUAUUUCAGGGCUGUGUAGGGAAGGAAGAGUUGUUGAUGCAGAAAGAACAAUGAGGGAGAUGUUGAGUGCUGGUAUGAAACCUGAUGAUGCAACAUAUACCAUGGUCAUGGAUGGUUUUUGUAAGAAGGGUGAUGUUAAAAUGGCUUUUAAGUUGCUUAAAGAAAUUCAGAGUGAUGGCCAUGUUCCAGGUGUUGUAACAUAUAAUGUACUUAUGAAUGGCCUUUGUAAGCUAGGGCAGAUGAAAAAUGCAAAUAUGCUCUUAGAUGCCAUGCUUAAUUUGGGAGUGGUUCCAGAUGAUAUUACAUACAACAUUUUGUUAGAAGGGCAUUGCAAGAAUGGAAACCCAGAGCAUUUUGAUAAAUUACGCAGUGAAAAAGGCCUUAUUUCAGAUUAUGCUUCUUAUACUUCAAUAGUUAAUGAAAUCAAUAAAACUUUAAAGGAUCGCCAAAGGAGAUGAUUACCGUAUCUCUUGGAAAAAUUACAAGUAUCAAGGCUAGUUGGCUCAAUAGACUGGUGAAGGCCAGUCUGGAACAUGAACAUGGGAGACUUAGAUGAUUUCUUUACUUUCCAUCUGCUAAGAGAACAAAAAUGAAUAGAGAGACUUAAGAUGAUUGCCAUCGUAGAUAUGGUUUUCGGUCAUGGACAUGGUUGCAGCUCUCUGACAGAUUUUGAAACAGGAACAGAGAGUUGCUUUCAUUUGGCUGUAUCAUCAAAAUAAGGCAACGUUUCCUUUUGAGCCAAAGACACUAUCUUGAUAAUUUCUUGAUGUGUUUUUUAUUCUAUGGAUGACCAGAAGCACUUUGAGAGAUUUGAUCAUUGUCUCAAAAUUUUCUGAGACGGAGAAAACUUUCUCUAAACACUCUCAGGUUUGUUGUGUAUACAUCUUAGAAGCUACAUCUCACUUUCAUGUUCUAAGCAUCUUCAUUCCUUGUAUAAUAGAAGGCAAGGCAUAUAUAUAUGAGAAUUGACAGAUAUAAUCAGUAAAUGACUAUAUGCAAUUACAUGGAUCUUGCUUGCUAAUUGAUUUGUGCUACAGAGAUGAUGAUAUUUAUGUGGCACCUCAAGUCAAAUGGCUUUUAGAUUAUGUAUACAAGAACUUGGGGGUUAUCAUUGAAAUAGGCACCAACAUAGAUGCUCAGAGAGUUCCUGAACUAGGACUGAGACACCCUCAAAAAUCCCUUGGUUCGCUAGAAUUUUAACCAAUAGAGCACUACAGUUCAUGAGUUUGGUAAAUUAUAAAAACUUGGACCUUCCACAUGAUGUUCUAUCCUUGACAUAUCAGCAACAACAAUUGCUCAAGAUGAGUCGAAUGUUCAAAAGAUCCUAUCUGCAGAGAGUAAAGGUCUGCCAGUAAAGGAGAUACUAGUGGGAGCAAAUGAGCUUGAUCGGUUGAGAGCACACAAGAAAUCAGUGCAUAACCCCAGAAUUUUGUUUUAUUCUCAUUGAUUUCAAGUUUUGGAUGCUUGAGGGAUGAGUAUUACAAUACGAGUUUUCAAAAAGAGAGCCUCAUUUGAUGAAGCUUCUAGGAUGGGUUUCAAACCCCACCCCACCCUCCGCUCACAUGCUCUCCGGGGAGCCACCAAAAAAUAAAUCUGUAUCGAUGAUGUCUGACAACCGAGUGUUUGACCCAAGAUUGUCCAAUUGCACGUCAAAGCAUAUCAGUCUGGCAAAAAUUGAGCCAUGUCUACAGCUUCCCUGGUUUUCAUAAGCUGUUUGAUACAUCAAAUAGAUUGGAUUGAUGUUAUCAACACGUUUGACUUAAUUGCAAUAGUAAACAUUUAAAAGUCAUUUUAUAUUUA